AUCAACAACUAGCAUAAUUAGCAUUACUUCACAUCUGCAGAAUUCCGCAUAUACAACCUGAUCGAUCGAUCGAUCAGAAAUUAAACUUGGAAGGCGCAAUUUCGGUCCGGCCGUCAGGAAAAUGAAGGCAGCAGGAGCACUUGAAGUUGGAGAAGCUUCAUCCAGGGCUUCAACCCCAGGACGAGGGUUGAACAGAGGGAUCUCCAUUCUAGACUUGGUUCUGAGGCUAGUCGCGGUUGCGGGUACACUGGGAAGUGCAAUCGCCAUGGGGACAACUAAUGAGACACUCCCUUUCUUCACACAGUUCAUCCGAUUCAAAGCUCAAUACAGCGAUCUCCCUUCUUUUACGUUCUUUGUGAUUGCAAAUGCAGUUGUAAGUGCGUACCUCAUUCUUUCUCUCCCUCUAUCCAUCUACCACAUCGCCAGGAGUUCAGCAAGAGGCAGUAGGAUAGUGUUAACCUUCCUUGAUGCGGCGAUGCUGGCUCUACUCACGGCCGGAGCUUCUGCCGCAGCAGCAAUUGUGUAUCUGGCACACAAGGGCAAUGCCCGGGCAAAUUGGUUCUCUAUCUGUCAACAGUUCAACUCCUUCUGUGAACGCAUCUCUGGCUCUUUGAUCGGCUCCUUUAUCGGAAUUGUGGUGUUUAUACUACUAAUCCUGCUAUCAUCCAUUGCCAUCUCAAGACGUUGAUUUGGUGAGAGGACCAUCCAUCCCGGCCCUUAAGUAAUAUCGCGUGAGAACAAUUGAUGUCGAUCCAUGCAUAGUCAUCUGCAAGAGUGGCAGUUUAUUUAAUUUGUGCUAGUUUCGUACGUCUUCUGCUACAUGUGUUCUUUUUCUAUGUAUAUGUAUAUGUAUUUGCCUGAAUGCUCCUCUUCAAGAAUUUGAUUGUUGGAUUUAUAUUUAAA